UUUUGCAAAGUUCGCAUGGAGUCCGUUUAAACAAAAACUUUAUGGAGUUGAGAUCGGGGAGUCGCCUCCGCUCCUCGCGGCAUCAGCAGCUAGGUCUUCCACGCGGCGCCGCACCGGACCGCAUCAGCGCCCUCCCCGACGACCUGCUCCUCCUCGUCCUCGCCCGCCUCCCAUGCGCCGCGGCCGCCGCGCGCACCGGCGUCCUCUCCCGCCGGUGGCGCGGCCUCUGGGCCCAUCUUCGCCAGAUCGUCCUCCAUGACACCGAGUUGGGCUCCAUUGAACCGGCGCUCGGCCGCGUCUGUCCCGCGGUUUCCCUCCUCAAGAUCCACGUCCCGGAGCCACCUGAGCAGGUCGACGCCGACAGCGUGAACUCGCUGCUGCGCGCAGCCGCAAGGCUGGAGCCGGAGGAGCUCUUCUUCCAUCUCUCACCGUACUUGUUCGGCCCAUUCCCGGUCGUCGAUCUGCCUUGCUUCCGCCGCGCCACGUCCAUCGCGUUGCACAUGUUCUCGGCCAUACGCGUGCCCGCCGGCGUCGAGUUCCCCGCGCUCGAGACGCUGUGCCUGUCCUGCUGCAAUGACGCCUUCGACUCCUUGCUCUCCAGCUGCCCUCGCUUGCGCACACUUAAGCUCGACGGCAUUGUGUUGAACGAGACCUCCCUAAGGGUCCACUCGCCGUCGCUGCUGGAGCUUGUUGUAGACCUCAGAUUUACACACAGUGUCAGCAUUGUUGCCCCUGCGCUUAAGCAGUUGACCGUGUCCUUCACCACCUCCAAGCUCUGCAUCAUCUCCGUCUCGGCACCAAUGGUGGAGAAGGUCUCGUGGAAUUGCUGCUACUACUAUGGGGUGCAUGUUGUUUUUGGUCUUUGGUACCUGGAGCAGGUGACUCUGCAGACGGCAGAGAGACAAGGACAGCUGCCUUCGCUGCACAUUCGUGCCUCCGCCGGCUCAACUGUUGUUCAUGAUGACGCGGACAACUUUGCGCACGAGGUAGAGAAGCACAUGGUUGCUACCUUCUCUGUUUUGGAUCUACGUCUCACAACAUAUGGGCAUGCUUUUGGAGCAUUGGUGUUUCAUCUCCUUGGGAUGGAUCGAAUUCGUACCGCUAUGCGGAGGCUUAAGGUCGUCCUACAGAGAUUGGUGGAAGAAGGAUGCGAAUCAGAUUGUCCAUGUGAGCCCACACACUGGAGGUCCCAAACUGUCUCCUUGACUGCUCUUGAAGAAGUGGAGAUCAACGGCUUCGAAGGAGAGGAUCACGAGUUCGAUUUUUUGAAACUGAUAGUUAGAUGUGCACCAAUGCUUAAAAGAAUGAUUCUGAAGUUAUCAUGGGAGUCCUCGGAAAGUAAUGAUGUGUGCACAAAGAUAUCCAAAUUCUUCAGGACGUUUUCUUCUUUGGAUUGUUGUGCUCAUCAUAGCUCCGGUGAGGUAUAUGUUUGGCAUGAAUGAUUAGCAUGCUCUCCUAGAUGAAACAAAGAUAUAAUUGUUGUUCUUUGUAAGAUUUGUCGAAAA